UUCGUAUAAAAGCACGCACCGUCAGAUCAGAAAUUCUGUUCAGGGGCACAACAUCUCUUCUCCGCUUGUCCUUUUUAUUUUGCAAAACCUUCUCCCUCACUCCCAACACUUGCUUUUAUCAGCUCUUUACUCCUUUCACAUCACAUCACACACAUAAACAUGAGCGAAGGAGCCCCAUCAGCAUGGACACCAGACUCCUGGAAGUCCAAGCCCAUCAAACAAGACGUAGUAUACGACGACGCCAACGAGCUCGAGACAGUUCUGUCCCGAGUGACCAACAUGCCGCCCCUUGUGUCAUCGCCUGAGAUCGACCGGCUACGCGAGCAGCUCAAGGACGUAGCCGAGGGUCGGGCAUUCCUUCUGCAGGGCGGAGACUGCGCCGAGUCCUUCGACUACUGCAACCCACAGGCGAUCGAGGACAAGCUCAAGAUUCUUCUGCAAAUGAGUCUCGUUCUCGUGUGGGGCAUGCGCAUGCCCGUUGUGCGCAUCGCCCGUAUGGCCGGCCAAUACGCCAAGCCGCGGUCCAGUGCGUACGAGAAGACCAGCGACGGAAAGACUAUUCUGUCGUACCGCGGCGAUAACGUCAACGGAAUUGAUCCGGAGAACAGAAAGCCCGACCCGCAGAGACUCCUGGCUGCAUACUUCCACUCUGCAGCAACAGUCAACUACGUGCGGCUUCUGCUGGCCGGCGGAUUCGCCGACUUGCACCGCCCCGAGGCCUGGGAUCUGGGCCAUGUGCGCAAUACUGAUAUUCGCAAGGAGUACCAGACCAUUGUUAAUCGGCUGACGGACUCUCUCGGAUUCAUGGGCACUAUUGGCGCCACUGAGGACAAGGCCACGGCGCUAAACACCGUCGACCUGUACAUGUCGCACGAGGCGCUUCUUCUGGACUACGAGCAAGCACUGACCCGCUCCGUGGCCAAGCCCCUGCCCACCAACCGGGCUAAGUGCAGCGCCAUAUACGAGCCAUCCACGCCGCCACGCGACGCGCUCGCCCCUGAGCUCUGCGACUGGUACAACCUGUCCGCGCACUUUAUCUGGAUCGGCGACCGCACGCGGCAACUGAACGGCGCGCACAUCGAGUACUUCCGCGGUGUCAAAAACCCCAUCGGCGUCAAGGUUGGCCCAACUAUGGAGGCCGAGGAACUCGUGCGCGUCCUGGAUAUCCUCGACCCCCUGCUCGAGUCCGGUAGAGUCACGCUGAUCACCAGGUACGGCGCAGAUAAGAUUGCACAGUACUUGCCUGCGCAUAUCGCUGCGGUGCAAAAGACCCAGCAUAAGCCUGUUUGGUGCUGCGACCCGUGCCAUGGCAAUACAACUACGGCGCCUUCGGGGCACAAGACCAGGUCCUUUGAGGCUAUUGUCAGCGAGAUCACUUCCAAUAUUACGAUUCAUUUGGAGCUCGGCAGCAGGCUAUCGGGCGUGCACCUCGAGUUGACUGGCGAGCACGUCACAGAGUGCACUGGCGGAUCGCAGGAGCUGUCGCACUCGGAUUUGCCCACUAACUACCAGACCUUCUGCGACCCGCGCCUCAACUACGAGCAGAGCCUGGAUAUUGCAUUCACGAUUGCAAAGGUCUUUGAAUAUGAACACCAGUCAUCCAAGUAAUCCUUUAUUUCCCUUUAUAUUUUAGUGUUGAAGAAUUACAGAAAAAACCCCAACAAAUCGCU